UUCAAAGUCUCAAUUGAGUUCCAGCACUAUAUGCUUUGGAGCACACUCACUCACACACGCACACUCUCACACUCAUAUCACACACACCCAAAGUACAAAGUUCUUGAGUGGAGUGAUUUAAAUCCAUCCCAGGGAGCUAGGAAGAAAUUCUUAACUGGUUUGAUGGAGAUCAUCCAUGGACACUCCUUCACAGCUGCCCAAUUUUGCCCAAGACCAACAUUGAUUGAUCCAUUGGAGUGAUUCACCCAGAAUUUCUUGCUACCUAGAGAAAUUUCUCUUGUUUCUUCUUCUCCUCUCUCUAUGAUCAUGAGCUCCAAAGCAAUGAUCCAUCACCAGCAUCACCAGCAGCAGCAACACCACCAUCUCAAUCUCAAUGUCAACAAUGUGCUGCCAGAUUGGAUCAAGCCACACUACUUGACAGCAAUUCACCACACUGCCCACCAGAAUCUCCCCAUCGCCAUUCCAAUUCCCAUGCCACUCCCAAAUCCCCCAAGCAUCAAGAAGGAGUCGCCAUCCAGCGGCCAGGAUCGCGACCAUCGGACGAUCCCCACCGCGCCAAUAAAGCCUCUCUACGAUCAGCACGGGCAAAGCGCGCAGUCUUGCUCCUCCUCCUCGAUCCCUUUCGUCAGCCUGCGGCGGCUGCCAGAGAUCGCCAGCAGCAGCUCCAGCAGCGCCUCCGGAUCAGCAUCCGCCACUAGCAGCAGCUGCGGCGGCGAUGGCGUCCAGCAGAUCCAGACCGGCAUUCUCGACGACGAUCGCAUCCCACUGGCACUGGCAUUGCAGCUGGAUCAAGAUCGAGCGCGGCGGCGGCGCGAAUCGUCCUCGUCGCCAAAUAUUUCGGAUCGGGAGGAGGCCGCCAUGAUCGAUUCUCCCGGCGCGGGGCUCCGGAUUGGACUCCCGACGGAGGCGAUCGCCUUGAGCAGGAGCAGCAGCGCCAGCGCCAGCGCCACGGCGGCGAUCGAUCAGGGCAGUAGCAGCUCGGCGGCGGUGGCGGUGGCGGUGGCAGUGGCGGAUCGCUGCAUGUUCCAGGAUCAGGGAGCGGGGAUUAGGGGCAAGGGCCAGUUCUGGAUUCCAACGCCCGCGCAGAUCCUUGUCGGGCCGACGCAAUUCUCGUGCCCGGUGUGUGGCAAGACGUUCAAUCGCUACAACAACAUGCAGAUGCAUAUGUGGGGGCAUGGAUCGCAGUACCGUCGCGGCCCCGAAUCCCUCCGCGGCACGCAGCCCAGCGCGAUGCUCCGGCUGCCGUGCUACUGCUGCGCGCCGGGGUGCCGCAACAACAUCGAGCACCCGCGCGCCAAGCCGCUCAAGGACUUCCGGACGCUCCAGACGCACUACAAGCGCAAGCACGGCGCCAAGCCCUUCAUGUGCCGCAAAUGCGGCAAGGCGUUCGCGGUGCGCGGCGACUGGCGCACGCACGAGAAGAACUGCGGCAAGUUGUGGUACUGUAGCUGCGGCUCGGAUUUCAAGCACAAGCGGUCGCUCAAGGACCAUAUCCGCGCGUUUGGGAGCGGCCACUCUCCCGUGGGGCUGGAUGAACAGGAGGAAGAUCCGGACGAGGACGAGGACGAGGAAGCUGGAUCGAAUUCCACCAACGAAGACGACGGCGAGAUGGACACGACUAUGACGGCCAUCUCCAGCUAGAAGCAGUCUUUGUUUUUUUCUUGUUUUUUUUUUCUUUUUUUUUUUGCUCCAAGAAACAGAGCACUACCUAUGAAAUGUAGUCAGAGUUUGUUCAGAAUUCAGAAUGAACCCUAAAAAUUGAUCAGAA